UCUUCAACAAUUUGUAUCCAAAAAUGAAUUUUAGUGACAAAAGUGCUCUCAUUAUUGGAGGCUUAGGAGGUCUUGGGAAAGCAAUUUGUCAAGAAUUGGUUGAAAAUGGAAUUUCUAAAAUUGGCAUAAUUGACCUUCUUGAAGAAACUGAAGUCAAUAUUAAAACAUUUUUGAAAAGUGACUCUAUUCACUUCAUUUAUCGAAAAUGUUCCGUUACUGAAUUCGAUUCUCUCAAAACCGCAAUGAAAUCCAUCAAAGACGAAUUUGGUUGCUUGGACAUUUUAAUAAAUGCUGCUGGCAUUGCCAAUGAACUUCAACAUCAAAAAGUGAUUGAUAUUAAUUUUGCAGGAACAGUCAAUUCAACUUUAAUCGGAAUAGAAUUAAUGAGAAAAGAUUUGAAUAAAAGUCAAAUUAACGGAGGAAUAAUUUUGAAUAUCGCUUCAAUUGCAGGCCUUCGCCCAGUUUUCUUCAUGCCGGUUUAUUCGGGAACGAAACAUGCGAUUAUUGGAUUUACGCGCUCAUUAGUGAACGACGCAUUUUACGAGCGCACACAAAUCAACUUUAUCGUAAUUUGUCCCGGAGCGACACGCACUCAAAUAAUCGGACACGAAAAUGUCAUUGACAAAUUCCCGUUUCCCGAAAUGCUGAGUCAAAUUCGACAAAUUAGCAAAAAUAUGAGUUUGCAAGAACCGGAAAUUGUCUCAAAAUGUGUCGUUAUGGCAUUAAAUGACACCGAAAAUGGAGCAGUCUGGCAAUGCGAAAAUAGUCGAAUCGAAAAGCUUCAAAUGCACAAAUACCCUGAAUUUUAAUAUAUGGAAUGAUGCCGGCAUGCAAAAUAUGCAAAUUUAGUUGUAAAAGUAAUGCAAUUUCAAGCACAAGCGAGCAAAAAUCAUCAAAAAAAGAGUGACACUUACCUUGACCUCCUCGUUGUCGGAUCUUUCAUCACCAUCACUUCUGUGAUUUCGCCGAAUUUACUAAAAUAAUCACCAAAAUUCCCCAUCGUGCGACGCUAAAAGUUGAUGACAAAGACAGGUCGCUAGCAGCUAUUUUAAUAAUAAUGCACAAACACCACUCAUGGGCUCCAUGCCUCUACUUGCGUGUGGUUUCUUUCCUUUUUCCCUACACACGGAGUUUCAGCCAAAGAGAAUUCAUCUCGUAAUUUGAUUAGCCAGAGAGAGCGAGAGAGAGUAAAUGUGUGUGUAAAUGCAAUAAUUCAAUGAAAAUGGUAAUAAAAUAAUUGGUUUAAGCCCUUCUCCUUUCGGAAACACACUCGAAACCAGUCUUUGAAGUCACUUUGAUUUUAAUUUGAAAUAUUUUUCAAUCAAAUUUCGGGCCAUCAAUAAGCAGCUUUAAUUAAUUGGAAAUUAUUUCUCGACCCACAUGUUAAAAAAAAUAAA